AUUUAUAAAAGCCUGAAUAUGUUAAGUCUUUGCUGCUUUUUCCAUUUUAACUGUUGUAUUUUAUGUGACUAAAAUGCGGAUGACAAUAUUGCGUGUUGUUGUUUUUGGCUGUAUUGUUUUGGAGCUGUCAGAAGGCAAGAAACACCCGUUUUGCGGUUUGCGACGCGUCUGUUAUACAAACGAUGACUGUCUCGAGAAUCGAUGCUGCGUCAGUUUCCUGCAAGCGAAUGGCACGGAACAACCGUGGGCAAAAAACACGCAUAAACUGAUCAAGAAAUAUUUUAAAGGAAAGUGUACUCCAUAUAGUCGAAAAGGAACCGGCUGCAAUCAGUUCCAAUUGUAUCCGGCUGACGAUGCCAGACUUAGUUUCGAUAGAUGUCAGUGUGCCAAAAACCUGUAUUGUGAAGACCAGAACGUUCAGGCUUCCGAAGGGUAUGUCGGCGUCUGUAGCACGCGGCCUGUGGAGUGUACAAACGUCACCAUGUGUAAAUCCGACGAAUGCUGCGUCAGUGAAUACGGCAUUGUGGGGCAAAACGAGGGCCCUGGAACCUGCCAGACACUGGGAAAACCUGGGGACAGGUGUCUCUUAAAGAAUGGGACAGGAAGGACGGACAAAAUCGUACCAUACUCGUGCCCUUGCAUGGAGAACUAUUAUUGUGCCGAAGUUGACGUCUUACCUGCUAAAUUUGGAUCAUUGGGACGGUGUGUGGCGAUAAAAGAGUCAACAUAAUCUGAGCGGCGAUCGUUUAAUAGUGUUAUGAUGUUAUCAUGUGUGAUUAUUUAAACUUAAUAACUCAGGACAACGACUUCUUUCCUUAGAGAAACACGAUUUACGGAAUAAAACAUGACAUCGCAAAUCAGUACGUUUAUUUCAAACAAAGAAAUUCAUAGAAACCAACAUAUAUUGUUUUACAGCCUACAUCACAACAUUAUAUAAUUAUAAGAUUAUAUUUGUGUAGACCGUCCGAUAUUCAAAAAACAUCUGUUUCGAAACUACUUGUAUAAGGACAUCUCACACAUGUGCACUCUACCUUUUUCUUGUACAAUUCCGUAUGCCAUAACGUUCUGGCAUUUAUUGUCGUUCGCUGUUAAAGCACU